AUGAAGUUCAUAUUUGCGGUGGUUUUCUUACUAAUCUCAGUUUUACUUCUGCCGGCUUUCGCUGCUCCAUGGGAUGGAGAAGGCUGUGGUGGUAGAGGCUGGGGUGGUGGUGGCUGGAACGGUGGUGGCUGGGGUGGUGGUUUGGGUCGAGGUUAUGGCUACGGGUAUGGUCGACCUUAUCCGAGGCCAUAUUACGGUGGUUACUAUGGCGGUUUUGGUCCUGGCAUAGCUAUUGGAUUAUAA